AUGGAAGACAAGCUGGUGAUCAACAUGCACUGUGUUAAAAUUAAAGGAGUAGUUCUAGGAGGUAAGGCUGAUGGUCCGACUGGAGGUCCUCCCACCAUGGAACCAUCAAAAGAGGUUAGAAAGAAGAAACUGAAGAAGACUAACCCUGCAGAUCAACCAGCAAAAGAGGUUCUUGAUGUUGCUCCGCUUCAAAUAAUCAUUCCAGACACAAUUCAAUAUUCUCUUCAUGCAUGUGAUAAACCUCCUAUGGAAGAUAACAUAUUGAAAAUAUGUUUAGUAAAAACGUUAGGAACCUCUUCCAUUGGUGUUCCAGUUGUAGAAACCUUUAUUAAUGACAUUCUUAAUGAUAAACAUGUGGAGACUGAGGACUCUAGAGAUGAAAAGUCUCUGGAAAUUCAAGAUGAAGUUGUUGAAAAUGAUGUCAACAUUAAUAUUGACAUCCAUCAUAAUGAUGUUGAAUAA